CCACCCCCUCACCUAGCCAAUGCAGUCGCUUUCCACUAGUCCCGCCUCCGCCCCUCCUUUUCCUCCUCCCCGAUGUCAGGGUGACGAGGGGGCGGAGCUAACUGAUAUAAUGGCUCCUCCCCCCCGCUCUUCGGCCCCCCCUUCCGCGCAGAAGCGGUUCGCGGCAACGUCAGAGGAGGUGGAUGCCUCCGUCCGGCCCGGCGACCUCCCACUCGCCGCCGCUUGCGCAAUAACGCGGCGUCGUUGUCUUCUCUGCCGUGAGGCGGCAGUGGCUGUAAGGAGGGAGAGAAGGAAAGGGAGGAGGAGGAGGAGAGAGGAGGGGAAAGAAGAGUUGGCGGCGGCGGCGGCCCGAGCCGGGGGAUGGAGCAGCCGCCGCCAGCUCCACCACAGGAGUCGCUGGGGCGUCGUCGUCUCCCCCGACUCCCAGAGCCGACCCUCUGUAAAACAGACAGCUGUGACUGAAGUGGCUGCUGCUUUUUCUGACUGUUCCUGGUCACAUAACAGAAUGCUGUUUGAUAGAGGAGCCCUGCCAGUGAGACAUAUGUAAGGAGAACUGGGUGGAGAUAAGCAUGAGAUCAACGUGGCACAGCUGCAUGUGUAUUCACUCUUGAAACAAUUGCACACUUUAUUGGCUGACAAUCUUGGCAUUUUUAGCAAAAGCAAAAUUUUAAAGAUACGGGACAUCUGUGUUUGAUUUGACAAAUAAGCUUUUUGGGUGUCAUCUGAUGGAGCCUUCUGGUGGUGAACAACUUUAUGAUGAUCCUGACCUUGGAGGCAAAUCUCAAGAUCCAGAGACCAAAAGGCAGCCUGAAUCAGAGCAGAAGCUGUCAAAAAUUACCCACAAUGCCCUGGAGAACAUUAAUGUGAUUGGUCAAGGCCUGAAACAUCUCUUCCAACAUCAACGUAGGAGGUCAUCAGUAUCUCCCCAUGAUAUUCAACAAGUUCAGGUUGACAUGGAGCCUGAAAUGGAAAUGGAAAACCAAAGCACCUGUGGUGAAAUUGACGGUGUCUCUACCCAUCCUACAGCUCUGAACAGAGUGCUCCAACAAAUCAGAGUGCCACCUAAAAUGAAGAGAGGAACAAGUCUCCAUAGCAGGCGGGGCAAGUCAGACCCUCCAAAGGGAAGCCCCCAAAUCAACAGGAAGUCUAUCCAGGAUAUUUAUUCAGGACGUCCCAGAUCUUCAUCAACUACAGAUGCCCCUACAAAUUUGUCAGUGCUGGAGAUGGCCUCUCCUGUCUGCCUAGUUGGUGAAGAGAUUGCAUCAGCAGAGCGGAAAUUUGAAACUCUUAAAACAAGAGUCAUGGAAGAAGAAUUAUAUAGCCGAGGAUCUGAGGGUGAAAGCCAACAUGGAAUUCUCACCACCCUCUUCUGA